CCAUGUGCAGUCUGGACAUAAAAUGUUGAUAAAUAUAUAUAGGCCUAUCUACAUUAACAUUAAUCAAAUAACAUAGAACGACAGCUCUUCAGUUGAAAUAUUUGCUACUACGGCAUAGCAGGCUUUUAUAACCAGUUAUAUUACAAAAUCGUCAACUUGAUAAAUUUUGAACAGGGGGCAAAUUAAGACCGGGGUAUGAGCACAAAAAACUAACAUAUUAAUACAAAUUGGCGUUUAAAAGCCUUUUUCAGGUUAAAGAAUUUAAAACAUGACAUACAAAAUAUUUCAAACCGUGUCGACUGUUUUGGUAUCAUAGGAAUUGAAAAAAGGGGAAAGGAGGUAAUUCAACAGAAACUUGAGAAAAAUAACCAACAGUGAUGUCAGUUCUUGGUGUAGGUCUUCGACGCAUCGUUCGCCCUGUUUCAGUGAUGCGAAGAUGUUGGUCUGGGGCGAAAAUAGUGUGUCCUAGCAGAUAUACUGUGAAAAGGACACACGUACCUUCUAGUUUAUGUCGACAUCUUUGUGACCAAAGGUCACCGGAGCACCUUGAGGUGAUGACAAAUGAAGAACAGGAAGAGAGCUGUCCAACAGAGCAGGAGGAUGUUGAAGAUCCUGAAAAACCUCCAAAAUCCUUACCGUUACCCUCCCAGGAAUUCCUUGACCUUUUGAACGAUCGUCAAUUGGACCAUUACAAGACUAUUUUAGAUAAAUACGAAAACUUUUGGCGUAUCAAAUUUGAUGAUGUGAAGGUGCCUUCUGUCCUGAAAGAUUCCAACUGGAGAUUCAUCCUCGGAUUUGGGACAUCUAAGACAUUACAAGUUUUAAGAAUGCUUCAUAGCAGGGAGGCAAAGAAAAAACUGAAACGAGAAACAAAACCAAAAGAAAAAAAUCAAAACGUCAUCAUGCACAGUCACACCUUACCAAACAAAAGUUCACAGAAAGCUUAUGAUAUCCUGAAGACAUACAAGGCCAUGGAGUAUGGCCAACAGCUUGUGUUUGACCUUGGUUUUAAAAUUGAUGCUGAAGUAACUCACAUUUUUAGGGAAGAGAGACGAAUCAAAAAGCAAAUAAACCAAAUAAUACAUGACAACGCCAGACAAAGAUUUCCAUUUCACUUGGUGUUCUGUAACGUAAAUGAGCAAACUCGCAGUAUGUUGGAGGAAGCGGCUGGUGAUAUUCCCAUUACAAUCACAGAUCAGUGCUACCUGAGCAUGUUCUCAAGGAAAGACCUUGUAUACCUUUCCCCUGACGCAGCGACCGAGCUCGAAACUUACAACCACAAUUGUGUUUACUUAGUCGGUUGUAUUACAGACCUGGAAACCAAGCCGUUGACAAAGAGCAAGGCACAAAAGCAGGGUCUCAAACAUAUGAGUUUCCCUAUCAGAAGAUACCUAGGAAAUAUAAAGUCUCGUAUCCUAACUCUGGACCAAGUCGCUAAUGUACUUCAUGACUUGAAAGACACAGGUGAUUGGAUGACGGCUUUAAAACACGUUCCUAAGCGCUUCAGACAAACAGAAAACAACAGUUCCAGCAUGAAGAAAAAAAAGAAAAUGAUUUGACAGUCCAAAUAAACUUAUUGAUUAUUGGUCAUUUUUAUAUAUUACUACCCCAAUACAAGUUUGCUUUGGUAUGUACUCCGUAACCAUGGAUACAAAAAGUGCAUGGGUAUAGAUGCCCUUAGCCACGGUUCAUUUGACUAUUGCUGAACAGUAUAGUGCUGCAAUGAUAUAUUAGUAUGACAUUAAAUUCUUAUCACAAUAGUAACAAUACUGUGGUCACAAUACGAUAGUUAUCAUGAUACAUAUAUACAUGUAGUAACAGUAGAAGCAAAGAGAAAAGAUAUAUUGCAAAUUUUUAAUGGCAAUAUUUCAAUAGAAAAUAAGACUUCAUCAAUAAUGGGCAUGACUUAAAAGUUUCACACAUGUUACGUCUUACAACGCGUAUGCUGAGCUGAAGCUGUCACUCGCCAUAUUUGAAGGGAUAUGUGUAGACUAAAUUCAGAAAACAACAAAAUCCAAAAAAUACCGUACAUGUAUAGGUGUAUUGCGACCUCCCAAAAAAUAUUGUGUAUUGUACCGUAUUCAAAAUAUGGUGAUAUAUUGUUUCGGCCCUACUGAAUAGAUAUUUAAGUUUAAGAAAAAAAAAUUAUCAACUUUUAAAACACAAAAAACUUGUGAGGAAUCAUGUCCCACUAGUAAACCAAAGGUCCUAAUGUCACGCUACCACAAUUUGUACAGUGUCAAAUUUUUCAGUAAUAUUUGAAAAUCCAGAUUUCAAGUGAAUCUCUUAACAUGAUGUUUACUUCACAUGUGACCCUUGUACAUUAGUGUUACCAAUGUAUAUCCCUUUCCAAAAUUGCCUUUAUUUCACGUAUGUCAUGGGAGUAUAUAGUGCUCCACAAUGUGGUACUGUUGAAGAUUGUAAUGUUUUUUUUGUAUAAUUGUGUCACUGAAGUGUGGAGCCGCAUAUAAACAUUGUAUUUUAUACAAAACUUUCUAUUAAAUUCCAAAGAAGCGUAGACAACACAGCAGAAUCUUUGUGUCAAAGCUUUGUGUUUUUAAUCAAGAAUAAAUUCAUCUAUAAGCACCAGGAUUCUGUCUUGUUGUCUUGCUAUCAGUGGGACUCUGUAAAAGUAUCAUCAUCUGAAUUUCACCGGAUUUUCAACUGCAAAGGGACGGUGUCUCAAAAAUCCCUAAAGUGAAAACUUUCUAAGUCAGUAAAUCUGUGAAGCAAGAUCACAGCAUUGUGUGGCAUUUUUAAUAAAACUCCACACAGACUACAUGUAUAUAUUAAGUAAGUUGAUGGAGAAAAACACCUGCUAGGACUUAAUAUAAUAAUAAAUCAUUCAUAGCUAAGAGAAUCGGCAGUGUUGCUUUCCAUAUUAACUCCAAAAGAAACUUAUUAAGUGAUUCAUUAUUUGCAUGACAGAAUAAUAAAAACA